CCACCCCGGCCCGAUCCACACUCCCAACCCCCGAUCCACCCCACCCCACCAACCGUCGUCCCAUCCAGAUCCCCUCCUCCUCCCGCGGCCACACGGCGCGCCGGUCGCCCUUAUUCCGCGACCUUGCCUCCCCCGUCCCCCAUGGAGCAGCAGAGGAGGGAGACCAGGCGCCCAGAUCCACCCUUCUCUGCGCCAACACCGGUCAUGGCGCGACCCAGCAGGUGAGGAGGGAGACCAGGAGUGAGGGGGUGACGGCCAUGGGCGGCUACAACGCGUUCCUGGCGACCAUGCUGCCGCCGGAGCACCGCAUCUACGACCUGGACACGGAGUCGCUGGAGUCGGCCACGACCCCGUUCCUCACGGCGUUCCCCCGGGGCUUCGCCAUCGAGGUGCUGGACGUGUACAGCGGCCCGCCCAUGGGUGUCUUCAAGUUCCGGCACUAGGGCUACAUGGAGGGCCCGUUCAAGGGCCACCCUCCGCACGGCUGUCGCAUCGAGUUCUUCGGCGUCCGUGUCUUCCACGUCGAUGAAGACACCAAGGUGGAGAAGGCAGAGUUCUUCUACGAGCGUGGCAACUUCCUCGCAAGCUUUCUUGUCUGCGCCUACUACUUCUGCUUCUGCUGCAUCGGCUUUAGGUUGCCCUGUGACGAGAGGAGACUAAAGCGCGACGGAAUCGACGAAACAUGCUUGUCACUAGCUAGUAUUGUCUUCAGGCUCUCUCUCUCUCUCUUGGGAGGACGCCGCCCUUCCUCUGCUCCCUGUCCAAGCAAGCGAGCUCUGGAUCCACCCCCACAACCACGACAUCGGCACCGGCACCGGAGGCCGUGGAGAUGCAGCUCCGUCGCGCAGUCAUCGAGCCAAGGAGGAUGCCCGAGCUGACCAGGAGGACACCCUUCUGCACCUUGGCCACCACACAAGGUUAACACAUGGAGAGGCUCGAGCUAUGAGCAGCGAGCUGUUGCUGCUGCCGCCGGAUGCUCCAGCGGCGAAACCUCCGUGGAUUCCCUCCACGGCCACUACCACUACCCUAGCUACUGCCGCUGACGGAACCACCACCAUAUCCUCGCUCGGCCAAGACCAGCUCCUUGAGAUCUUCCUCCGCCUGCCGAGCCUGCCGGCCCUCGUCCGUGCCACGCUCACUUGCCGCUCGUGGCUUGGCGCCGUCCGCUCCUCUUGCUCCUUCCGCAACCUCUUCCGCGCCCUCCACCCGGGCGCCCCUCAUCAGGAUCUUCCUCGAUGUCGACGAAGGCAAUGUCCGCUUGUUCGCCCCCUUCAGCCGCUCAGAUCCCAACGUCAAUAAGGACAUUACACUGGUAGAUUAACGCAAUUUUUCCUUUUCAUUUUUCUUAUUAUUGGAGUGAGGAUGUUAGAAUGAGGAACUGUAUGAUAGUAGAUACGGCAACAGUGUAAUAGUAUAAUCAGGAAUAACGACAUU